UUUUGGCCGAUUAAAAUGGCGCUUCACUAUUACAAUCUCUCCCAAAAUGCCUCCGCCAUAUCUCUCCUCCGCCACCUUCCUCCUCCUCCUCCUCUACUCCGGCCACCUCGCCGUAUCUCUUACAGAACCCACCUUCCCCUCCUUCCCAGGUUGCGACGGAACUUUCUCUUGUGGCAACAUCCACAACCUCAGCUACCCUUUCACCGGCGGUGAUCGACCCGAUCACUGUGGUCCACCUGAAUUCCGACUUACCUGUACUACAAACGAGUACCCUGAGUUAAUCUCCGAACCAGUUACUUACCGGGUUCUCGAAGCUAACUUGACCGCAAAAACCCUCGUACUAGCCAGAUCGGACUUAUGGAACAAUCCAUGUCCUACCACCUUUCUUAAUUCAACUCUCGAUUCGAAUUACUUUGAUGCUGGUGGCGUUGAGAAUGUUGAUCUCACCAUUUUCUUUGGAUGUAGUUCGUCGCUCAUGCCUAUCCAACUACAACACCGGUUUUUUUGUGACGUAGGUGGUGUGGAUCUUACAGAUUCGUACUUUUUAAUCGGGAAUGUUCCUAUUGAACCGAUAUUAAAGAUGAUACACUGUUUUAAGGGUGUGAGGACUCCGUUGUUAAGAACUGUUGCUGAUGAUCUCAAUCAAAGUAUGUUGACUCUUGCAGAAGCUUUGACUAUGGGUUUUCAGGUUACCUACAGUAAUCCGUUUGAUGAGAAGUGUUUAGAGUGUGGUAGGUUGCAAGGGCAAUGUGGAUUCAACGUUGCUACAAGCCAACCUAUUUGUAUUUGCAACAGUAGUAUAUGUAUCCCACCAGGGAAUUCAAGGAAAGGGCCUGUGACUAUAAUCCUUUCAACCCUUGGAUCGAUUCUUGUUGUUUGUGGUGUUGCAUUGGGAAUCUUUGUUUGUAAACAAAGGAGGAAAAGGCGUAAUAGAAAAGAAGCAUCAUCCUUAAAAACCGAGAGUUAUACCCAAUCUAAUUUCAGUUCUAGCAUCCCUUCAUAUCCUUCACCAACAACUAAAGACUUCACAAAUUGCUACUAUUUUGGAGCUCAAGUUUUUACCUAUGAAGAACUAGAACUAGCUACCGAUAACUUCAAUGAUUCAAGAGAACUCGGUGAUGGUGGUUAUGGAACUGUUUAUCAUGGUAAGCUUCUCGAUGGGCGAGAAGUAGCAGUGAAACGUCUAUACGAAAACAAUUUCAAACGCGUACAUCAAUUCAUGAACGAAAUUGAAAUCUUGACAAAACUACAACACAAAAACCUCGUAAAACUAUACGGAUGCACAUCAAAACGAAGCCGCGAACUACUACUCGUAUACGAAUACGUUCCAAAUGGCACAGUAGGCGAUCAUCUUCAUGGCAAACUAUCAAACUCAAAUUCAAACAUGUUUCCAUGGUCUGUACGCCUCAACAUCGCCAUAGAAACAGCCGAAGCACUAGCCUACCUCCACGAAUCCGACAUCAUACAUCGCGAUGUGAAAACCAACAACAUUCUCUUAGACAAAACUUUCAAAGUCAAAGUUGCUGAUUUUGGUUUAUCAAGAUUGUUCCCAAACAACGUGACACAUGUCUCAACGGCCCCACAAGGGACACCUGGCUAUGUGGACCCCGAAUACUACCAAUGUUACCAGUUAACUGACAAGAGUGAUGUUUUUAGUUUCGGGGUGGUUUUGAUCGAGCUCAUAUCUUCUUUACAAGCUGUUGAUACUAAUAGAGAUAGGCUUGAUAUAAACUUGGCUGCAAUGGGGGUUAAUAAAAUUCAGAAUCAUAUGUUGGGGGAGUUGGUGGAUGAGAGGAUUGGGUUUGAGAGUGAUGGGGUGGUGAGGCGGAUGGUUACGUUGGUGGCGGAGUUGGGUUUCCGGUGUCUGCAACCGGAGGCGGAUAUGAGGCCGACGAUGAAGGAGGUGGUGGAGAUUUUGAGAGGGAUUCAGAAUGAUGAAAUGAAUGCUCAGAAACCGGAGGUUGUUGAUUUUGUGGUGGAGUGUGGGUUGUUUAAGGAUCAUAAUACACAACCACCAUCGCCGGAGUAUGGUGUUACUAACAAAUUGGUUAAUGGGUCGUUGCCAAAUUCUUCUGAUGGUUGA